GCCGUGCUCGCCGGGAUGGGAGCGCUGCUGGCAGGCUCAGGCGGCGCGAGGGGGCUGCCAGUGGCUGCGGUCAUGUCCCUGCUGCUGCGUGCGGGUGGGGGUGCGCUGCGCCCAUGCUGCCGCGCCGCCUCCCGCAGGGGGCUCGGCUCCUCCUGCGGCGGCUGGGGACCUCCGGGNCUGGGGCUGGGGCUGGUGCGGCGGGCGGAGAUGGUGUCGCGGGAGCCGGUGGCGCCCGGCCUGGGGGAGGCGGCGGCGGAGGAGGAGCAGGACGAGCUGUCCCGGCGCUGCGGGGAUUUCAUGGCCCAGCCGGUGAGCGGGCUGCGGGAGCUGCGGAGCCGGCGCCAGGACAUGCGGAGCCGCAUGGAGAUGCUGAUCAUGGAGACUCAGAGCCAGGUGUGUCGCGCCCUGGCCCAUGUGGAUCGCGGCGCCGCCUUCACCGUGGACCGGUGGGAGAGGAAAGAAGGUGGUGGUGGUAUCAGUUGUGUGCUCCAGGAUGGCAACAUCUUCGAGAAGGCAGGCGUCAAUGUUUCUGUAGUUUUUGGACAUCUUUCCGAAGAAGCAGCCCAACAGAUGAGAAGCAGAGGGAAAACUCUGAAGACCAAAAAUGGUAAAUUGCCUUUUUGUGCCAUGGGUGUAAGCUCCGUUAUCCAUCCAAAGAAUCCCCAUGUUCCAACUAUACACUUCAACUACAGAUACUUUGAAAUUGAAAAUGCUGAUGGGACUAAGCAGUGGUGGUUUGGUGGUGGAACAGACCUGACUCCAACUUACUUGAAUGAAGAGGAUGCUGUUCAUUUUCACAAAACUCUGAAGGAAGCUUGUGAUCAGCAUAAUCCAGAACUGUACCCCAAAUAUAAGAAGUGGUGUGAUGAUUACUUUUACAUCAAGCACCGUGGAGAGCGAAGAGGGAUUGGGGGCAUAUUCUUCGAUGAUCUAGACUCUCCCUCAAAAGAAGAAGCAUUUCAGUUUGUGCAGAGUUGUGCCAAAGCCAUUGUGCCUUGCUACAUUCCCAUUGUGAAGAAACACUCCCAUGACCCUUUCACACCAGAGGAAAAGUUAUGGCAACAGCUUCGUAGAGGGAGGUAUGUGGAGUUCAAUCUUGUUUAUGACAGAGGUACAAAGUUUGGCCUUGCAACGCCAGGAUCCAGGAUUGAAAGCAUUCUUAUGUCUCUGCCACUGACUGCCAGGUGGCAGUACAUGCACACACCGCCAGAGAAGUCGAGAGAAGCUGAAAUCCUGGAAGUCCUGCGAAAUCCCAAGGACUGGGUGCACUGAUGAACAGUGUGAAGGAGAUGCUCAAGUAUAAGCAAACAACAUGAACUCUUACCACCUGGCUCACUCAAACUGCCGUUGCCUGGCAGUUCAGUGGCUGGAUUUAUAUUCUUAUCACGUGCCUUAAAAAUGUUGUAAAUGUGUCACCUUUGCAUGUUGGUGCAGUGUUUCACUAGCUGACACACUUUUCUCUGUUACCUUGUAGCGGGUACGUGAGAUAUGAGUAGGACCAACUGAUGUGUUCAGUAACUGUUUUUCAAUUUGUCUUAAUACACAAUGGUACAAAAUACUGUGAAAUAUUCCCCUAAAGAAUUAGUGUUUUCCAAGCUAAAGGUUAGUUGUGCCCUAAAUUACACUGCUUGCUGUUAGGAAAUUCACAGGAAAUUUUAACAUUUUAAAAAUAAUGUUCUUAUUUGUUUCAUAGUUAAAUGAGUGUCUCUGUUCUGGUGUGUAUUAAACCUCUUUUUAAAUUCAGUUUCAGAUAUUUUAUAGCCCAGUUAUUUUUCACUAAGGGACAGAUUUUUAAAGGUAUUUUGGUGCCUGACUCUCAUUGAUGUCAGUGGGAUUUGGAUUGGGUGCCCAAACACUUUUUUUUAAAUCUGGCCCUGCGUUCCUAAAAUAUAAUUUCACAGAGUGGUGGUUGCUUUAAAAAACAAGUUGAAAAUCCACUGAAAGCAGGUUUGACUCUGGGCCAGCUAAGUAAAAUUAGCUCCCUUACCUUUUUUCAGACCUACCAACCAGGGCUAUAUUAAAGACAGACUGCACAAACAAAAUAGUGAAGCCAUACAUUUUAAGGAAGGGGUUUUUACGUUAAUCAUAUCCCAGCCAUCAAGACUGCAGUAUAAAAUAUGUUUUAUCAAGGUGCUUUUUAGAUCAAAAAUCCUCUACGAUGUAUUAAAAUUCACCUUUCCAUGAAAACAGAGCACAAAGUAUGUUUAAGAAAAUGCUGACCCAAAAGAGGAGGAAAUCCAGCUAUAUACUAGUUUUUACACUAGGUUUUAUUUACAUGAAUGUACUUCUGAGCUAAAGCGUCCUUCACUCACUGCUGACUCUGAGGCCUUUAGGGGAUGGUGGCAAAGAUUGCAGAGAACACUUACUAUUGGAGGGAAGUUGUGACAUGCUGCACUGUACACCUCUCACAGAAGAACAUCCAACAUUGUUAAAUGUGGGUGUCUAAAGUUAAGCACUGAAAUCCAGAAUGCAUUCAACCCCCCCUUGAUUCUGUGGAAUAGUCCCUUACUCCUUAAAUAACUCCGUUCAUGUCAGAGGACUACUUGAGGAGUAAGGCACUACUCAGUAUGAACAAUUGACAGAAUCUCACCCCUUCCAUGUCCCCAGGUAUCUAAGGUGGCCUGGGCUAAACAAAGCUGCACCAGUUUAACUAAAAGUCUGAUCUUAAACCAACUUAGUUAAACUGGUGUAGCUUUGUGUGGCACUAUUAUACUUACUUCAACCUGGCUUAUACUAGCUUAGUUUGCACUGACAAAUUUAAACUGAGUAUCAAUGUCCACAUAGAGACUUGCACUAGUUAACUUGGUUUACUAAUUCAGUUAAAGUUAAACCAAUGGGCAAACCCCAAGUGGACUGACUUUCAAAGAUGCUCAGAAUCUUUGAAUAUCAAGCCUUUUUUUUUUUUUUUUUUUUAGGUGUUUUUAGAAACCCAAAUCUGAAAAAUGUGCCCUGUUUUAGCAAGAUGCUAAUUACAGCUUUCUUCUGUUUGCUAUUUGACUUGUCAUUGGACACUACUGUGAAACUGAAUAAAGUGGCUAGCGCUGCAGAUGUGUUAGUGGUCACUGAUUUCUCAUGGUGAAAGAGGAAAAAUUAUGGAAGUAAUCAAAUCACAGGCAGUGCCGGCUCUAGGCACCAGCAAACCAAGCACGUGCUUGGGGUGGCACAAUUUCAGGGGUGGCAUUCCAACCACCUUUUUUUUUUUUUUUUCGCUUUGGCAGUUGUGUUCCUGGAGGUGUGGUGUUUUUGUUGAUUUGUUUGUUUGUUUGUUUUUUCUUGAGGCUGCAAAAAACUUAUAGCCGGCCCUGAUCACAGGUACUUUUUAGUGUACUAAACGAUCUAUUCUGAUCCUAUUCACAAAUAGGAGUGUGAGUGCCAUGAUAAGCACAAGCCAAGUUCUCUGUUAGCCUUUGCAAUUUUAUCUUCAAGCUUAUGAUAUUUGGUGGCUUUCUUUAAAGCCCCGGCACUCAGAGGCAAGUGAUUACUGGAGAAUCUCUGCUUCUGCUUCCAGAGAAAAGUCUGAAACCAUGAACAGAGUGUAAUUCAAAGGUUCAGAAUGCCAAUAAAAAGAACCCACUUUGUGA